GGUUUGAGAUGGAUGGAAGAAUAUCUGUGAGCUUGUUGUGUUUUAUAUCUGGGACCAGACAGAAGUUGUACAGGAGCCCUGUCUACAGUCGGAAAGUUUCCUUUUCAUCCCAGUCAUGGCUGAGCCUUUGCUGAAAAGAACAUUUUCUAAGCUGAGAGGAAAAGGGAGAGUAAGAAGUAAAACGUCAGAUCUGAAGGAAAGAGGUACGACUGCUAAUACAGAAACGGCUGUAGAUGGACAGCAGUUACCAGCUCAAGAUGAAACACCGCCUGCGAUGCAUGCUGAUAACAUGGAUGACAUGUCUGGGAAGAGCAGAAGCACAAAUGUUUCCAAAAAACACCACUUUGAACAGCAUUCCUGCAGCUCUGAAGGAGAAACGUUGACUGUUUUAAGUAAAGAAAAUGCAGCCAUCUACAAGGAGUGUUCUCAUAAUUGUGUGACGUACAGCAGUUGGAGUCCUUGUACAGCAGAAAAAAACAUUUCCUCAUCAGCAUCACCUGCUCAGAAGAGAACUUGUCACAUGUUCAUGGACAACACGGAUGCCUUACGGCAAGUUCCCUUAGGACAAGUACGAAAUAUAAACAUAACGACAAAUCUUCUUCUGAAUGACUCUAAAGCAAGCACAUCUGCAACGUAUUUCAUGCCAGGAGCACAAAGAGAAGAAUCAGACAUGCAUACAGCCUGCCCAGAAGUGGCAACAGCUGCACUUCCAGGCCGAGCAGCAAACCACGGGGCCUAUUUGCAGAGCUUAGAUAAGAACAGCAGGGAGUGGGUGCUUUCCUCAGGUAAAUCACAAGGGUCAGAACAAAUGUCAAAGUUAACAUCAAACACCACCGAUAACAGAAGUAUGGCCAGUAAUUUGGGAAAGGAAGGGGGGAUUUGGUACAACCCUAUUCCUGAAGAUGAGGAUGUCACAGGGAAGACGCAUAACCUGGGCUGCACUACAUCUAGCAGGAAGUACUGCAUUUUAACCAAGGAAGAUGAAAAUAAAAGAUUAUUGGGGAGCUGUAACUCUGCAUUAGAAACUGAUUUGUUUAAAAAGUCAGUUUGCGACUGUUCCAAUAUUGGUGUCAAAAAGACAUCAGUCAGAUGCCAGAUGUCAGUCACUUGUGAUGGUGGUGAUGACAGUCUGCCUAUGAGCAAGGAGCCCUUAAUGUUUAUUUGUGCUCCUGUAUCCACAAGCAAAAUGAAAUAUUGUGGUUCACCAAACCGAACAGAGAAGGCAGUAGGUUUUGCAGAAAAUGAGAACAAUAAACCUGCAGAAAACAGAAAUCCGUUGGAAAGUUCAAGCACUUUUAAGAAUGAUGAAAAACUGCCAAAAGUGAAAUCUGCCAGUAUGGUGCGUAAGCUGUCAUUGAGGAUGAAACUCCCUGAGCUAAGAAGAAGACUGAGCCUUCGGACGUAUCGUUCCAACCGCUCAGAAACUGAUUGUCACACAUCUUCAAACAGUUCACACAAAGACUCGGGUAAUGUUAUCAGCCGUUACCACCUGGACACUAGUGUGGCCACCCGAGAGAGGCGCAGGUCCAGGAAACAAAGUCGAAGCUUCAAGUCAGCAGGUAAAAGUGACUAUUUCAGUGAUGGUGACUCCCCAGAGCUGUCACCUAAGUCAGGUAAACAUGGAUUCAGUGAACAGAUAGGAAGCGAUUGCCCUUCCUUAUGCAAAAACACUGAUAGUGCAGCGGUUGACUUAAGGGUCUUCCGACCGUACAGAUUCAGCGAGAGAUCUUGCUGUGAUGAAAGCAUUUCAGGACUAAUGAAUGUACACCUUCAUGGACUUGAAGAUUUAAAGCCCACAAAAGUGGAAUCCAAAGAUGUUUUCUGUGCGGUAAUGGUCGAUUCAAUGGUCAAAGCCAGGACAGCCUUGCUGACGUGCAACACCUCGUUUCUUUGUUUGAACCACGCAUUCAACAUUGAGCUGGAUAAUUCCCAACUUCUUAGGCUGGGUGUUUUUUCUUGGAAUGCUGAUGCUUGCAGGAAGACAGUGUGUUGCCAUGGCACUGUGGACUUGCCUCGGUUAUUUAAAGCCUUGCAGACUCAUCAUCUGGCUGUGAAGCUGGAGCCUCGCGGUCGGCUCUACGUAAAACUAUCACUAGUUGAACAGUGGGAAGCGUCAGCCUACACUAGUGAACAGAAACCACAGGUGUUUGGAGUGAAACUGCACCAUCUUGUAGAGAGGGAGAAUUCGGUGUUAAAAGUGCCCCUUCUGAUUCAGAAAUGUGUUGCUGAAAUUGAAGAACGAGGUCUUAAGGUUGUAGGCUUGUAUCGCUUAUGCGGUUCAGCUGCUGUGAAGAAACAGUUACGUGAUGCCUUUGAGAAGGACAGUGCAGCUGUGUCAUUAUCGGAAGACCUUUAUCUGGAUAUCAAUGUUAUUACAGGCAUUCUGAAGGAUUACCUCCGUGAGUUACCAACCCCCCUCAUUACAAAAACGCUGUAUGAUGUAGUCCUGGAGGCCAUGUCCAAGAGACCCUCAAAAAUGGCUCAUAAAGAACAAAACAUGGAUGGCAACUAUUCAGAGGAGACUGUUGCUCUUUUAAAGUGUUUACCAGAACCUGAAAAGGCCACACUCACUGCACUGCUGGACCAUCUUAGCUUGGUGGCGUCAUUCCAUGAAUACAAUCGGAUGAACUCCCAGAACCUGGCAGUCUGCUUUGGGCCAGUACUCUUAAAUCAGAACCAUAGCUCUUCACGACAAGGUGUGCAUGGCAUUGCUCUCUGUGAUGAUGCGGCCAGUGCCGUUGAUUUCAAACAGCAUAUCGAGGUACUCAAUUACCUGCUGCAACAUUGGCCAUCCUCAAGAAAAGAAAUGCAGGCUGUUCAGGGUGGAGAUGUUGGCGAACCAAAAACAUACCUCCGUCAGAAGAAGCAGAUCCAGCAAAGAACAGACCUCACUGCAAAUGAAUUGGUGCCUACUAACUGUUCUGAGCACACAGAAACUUAUGCUAAUAACCGGUACGCAGGAGACUGGAGUAUUUGUGGACAAAAUUUCCUUCUAACUUCAGGUGGAAAUUCAGAAGAAGCAGAGUCUGUUUGUUUUACAUUAACAAAUGGAGAAACCAGUGAAAAUAAUGCUUUUAAUGUUGACAGUUCCCUCUCGGUCCAGUCUAAAGGGCAUGCUCUAAAUGAAUUUAAUGCUUCAGAACAAUCAGACAUUCUGGAUUUUGAUGCACCAUUCAUUACAAAGCUCAAUUUAAAAGACUUUGAUACUUUGAUCUUAGAUCUUGACAGAGAACUUGCCAAACGACGCAAUGUAUACCUUUAAAACUCUGUGACAUUUUCAUCCAGAGUUUGUGUAUGAAUUUUCACAGAUGUCCAUUUCUCAAAUGAAUGAUCACCUUAUGUUAAUUUUAUUUUAAAACUUUUAUUGAAAAUGCUGGUAAAACAAAUGGGGUACUGCAAUAAUUUAAGUUCUUUUAAAAUUGAUUGGUGGCACAUUUUAAUAGUAUAACUGAACAAAUGUUUCGUAGUGACAUAUUAUCCCUACUGCACACAGUGCAGUCUUCAAUUUUGUUUCAAUUUACUGUAAUCUAAUCUUAUUCUGAAAAAAAUCAUUUUUGUAUUAUAGAUACAGAUUAUGUACAUUUUAAUACACCAUCAGUUGCAAUUUAUAUCAAAAUGCUUUUCUUCAGACAUGCCUAAAAUGUAGAUGCACACAGCUAAUUACCAAAAGUACUGUAAAGAGUAAAAUAAUUCUGUUUGCUGCUCUCAGGA